CAUGACGUUCACUCAUGGGCGAUUCAUAUUCAAGCGCGAAUUAGAACCGUUUCACUGGGGAUGCCAAGUGUUCGAGAGAGGAAAAAAAAGAAAAGAAAAGAUUAUUCGAACCUCAAAAUUGAAAAUCGAAUGCCAACCCACCGAACGAAUAUUGAAAAUAAUUGAAUAUUCUGGUCCAGCCCUAAAAAUCAGUAGCUAAUGCUGGCUUUUACUGUGUUUAAUAUAGACCUUUUUUUUUUUUUAACGCAACAACAAUUUGAAAGGGGUCUUAUUAUGUCCUUUUUUUAAAGUCUUGAUUUGGUUUUUGGGGUGUACUAGAAUAGUUUUUGCUAUUCUAUUCAUGCUUGAUUGUUCAUAUUUUGUAUAUAUUUUACAUUAUUGCAGCACCUCUCUUCCGAGUCUGUCUCGAACACCCUGUUUAGUUCUUGUUUCGAUAAAGCCCCUCCUUCCGAAACAUAAAAUGUGCUCUGAUUGGUUAGCUGGCCCAGUGUGUUGUGAUUGGCAAAACGCUUAGAGCAUGUUUCAGAAAUGUCACAACCCUUACCAUAACCGCAAGUUUCAUCUGCUUAACUGUAAAUAUUACCAAUGAUGAUGUCAAUCUUGCCACUCUAAUUUGAGUCCAAUUCAGAAUGUUUACAAACAAGAAGAUCGUCAGUGGCAUAGCCAGAGGGGUGUCCAGAAAGUUGGCAGAGGAAUUGUCAAGAAAAGAAGAGACCAUUUACGACUUUAUUUAAAAGAGAUUAAAAUACGACUAGGUGAAGAUCUGACAUCGCAGAAUUCUUCAAGGAUAACACAUCACCUUUUCUGCCAAACAAGGUCGUAAUUGCUGCUGUACUGUACAUCUCAAGCACCCCCUGCAUUCUUAUCAUGGAUUGCUGUCAUUAAAGAAGUUACAUCUUCUCCCCCAUUGUGGCUGAGCUACACAUUUUCAUCGUUUUAUUCUAAACAUAAAAUAUCCAGAAGAGAUGGCACCUAUGCUGGAAUUCAUGCAAAUUCUUCCUGUGAAGAAAUCCUGAAUGAGGGUCAAAGAUUCAGAUGAAAUUAACCAAACGGCUACGCUUCCAAGACUCAUCACCAAUGUUGUGAUGAACUACUCCGAGAUAGAGUCCAAGGUUCGAGAAGCCACCAAUGAUGACUCCUGGGGCCCAUCGGGUCAGCUCAUGGGUGAGAUUGCCAAAUCCACAUUUAUGUACGAGCAGUUCCCUGAAGUUAUGAACAUGCUUUGGACUAGAAUGCUGAAAGACAACAAGAAGAAUUGGAGAAGAGUUUACAAGGCCUUAUUACUAUUAGCGUACCUCAUCAGAAACGGGUCAGAGCGGGUGGUCACCAGCACCAGAGAACAUAUCUACGACCUGCGCUCUUUGGAAAAUUAUCAUUUUGUAGAUGAAAAUGGUAAGGACCAGGGCAUUAACGUACGGCAGAAGGUGAAAGAAAUGGUAGAGUUUGUUCAGGAUGAUGACCGGUUACGUGAGGAGAGGAAGAAAGCCAAGAAGAAUAAAGACAAAUACAUUGGAGUAUCUUCUGACAGCAUGGGAGGCUUCAAACAGAGUAACUCGGGAGAACAGUUUGACCCCGAAUCUAAAAGCAAAUGGGACGAGGACUGGGACAAAAACAAGAGCAGCUUCCCAUUCAGUGAAAAACUUGGGGAGAUAAGUGACAAAAUUGGAAGCACCAUUGAUGACACCAUCAACAAAUUCCGCAAGAAGGAGAGGGAUGACUCGCCAGAUCGUAUCAGUGACAAUGAGGAGGACAGAGUUUCACAGAACGGUCGUCCUGCAAAGUCGGAGUUUAAGGAUGAUGAGGAGACCGUAACAACCAAGAACGUCCAGAUCACAGAGACCACAGAUGCAAUCACCUCCACCACCAACUCUACACGCAAACGCGGCGGAGUCCCGUCCAAAACGGUCGACCUGGGCGCAGCCGCUCAUUACACUGGCAGCAAAAGCAGUCCAGAUGCUGACAACAACCAGACAUCGGUGAGUCAGUCAUCCAGCACAGGGCUUGCAGAUCUGUUGAUGGUGGACUCUGGCUCUGGUCAACCAGUGUCGUCAGGUGGAAACUCAGAUCUGAUUGGUGACUUUGCCGACUUCUCCUCACCUGCUGCCUCUGUCAGUCUCCCGUCAGCUGCUGGUUCACGGUCUACUGGUAACGGUGAGUUUGGUGACUGGAACGCCUUCUCCUCCACCAGUCCUCCUGCUGUCACUGCUCCGUCUGCCAUCCCAGAUCUGUUCAGUGAAGUGCCCACAUCCACCCACCCGCCUUCCGCUGACCUCUUUGACCUGAUGACCCCCAACAACAGCAGCCUCAGCGCAUCCCAAAGCAUGACCUUCAACAUGUGCCCGCAGAACGCAACCACGCCUCUGUCCAGAUCACAGACAAUAGGCGGCCCGUUAUUGCCUCAGCAGAUGGGACUACAAAAGUCAGGUGGGAAGGUAUCAAUGCCUGCCACCUGGUCAGACCCAAGCGUGAACAUCAGCCUGGAUUUCCUGUCUGCAGGCCUGAACCCUUCCAAACCCACACAGCCCACACUCAACACCAUGAUGCAGCAAGGUGUCCAGCCACCACUGAACACGGUCGCCCAGAAUUUCGCCGGAAUGACACUGAAUGCCCAGCCCUCGGCGGCCGCUCCCAGACCGGGAGUGAACCCCAUGAUGGCGGGGGGGACCAUGGGCAUGGGAAUGCCUCCUACUAUGGCGACGGGCACCAUGGGAAUGGGCUCUGUGGGUAUCGGAGGAAUGCCUAUCAAUCAAGGACUCGUGGGCAUGAAUAUGAUGCCCGCUGGAAUAGGCCUGCAAGGUGCCCUGGGCACGCCCAGCAUGGGGAUUGGCCAGGGCAUGAACCCCGCCAUGGUGCAACCUAAACAAGAUGCCUUUGCAAACUUUGGCAACUUUGGGAAAUGAAGGGUGAAUCACUCCAAGAGGGUUAACGGUCCAAAUACACCUCAAUAGAAGAAGCCUGCAUCCAGUAAAAUGGACAAAACUGACAAAACUAGCCGGUGUCAUGACUCUUCAAUCAUUUGUCCUUAUUCGUUAACAGAUACAGAGAGACACACACACACACAAGAAUCUGCUUUUCUUUCAUGUGGGGUUGAUAAUCAAAGGGUGGAUUUUUUUGUAAAUGGUGCAAAGCAUAUUAUAUACUUUUAAAGAAAAAUGAUGACUGUGUGCAGUUUGGUACAUUUUUCUCUCACAACAGAAACAUCAGACACUUUUUUUUUUUUUUUUCAUCACGGCCCUGUUCACUUUUCAAAUACGACUGAUUUCAGAAAUUACCUCAUAAUUUGCAUUAUUCAUGCUGUGAUUUAAAGGCCUCAAAGGGUUGAUUUGUAAAUAUCUUGGUGUGCAAAAAAUAAAUGAUUUUACUCACUUCUCAGACGGUAUAAGAUAGAACAGUUUACCACAGGUCCUUAAUAUUUACUCAUGUUUUUGUUUUCGGUUUGAAUCGUUACAGUUUGUCAGAUAUACAGUCACUCCUUAUAUUCCGUUAUCACUCCAGCACCUGUUAUUUAGAUGAAUAUGGUCAACUUUGUUCUUCUUUUUAAAAAAAAAAACAGACUAUAUCUGUAGAUAUAGUUUGAGUACUUUUGUGUAGCAAGCUACCUGACCGUAAUUUGAAGUGUGCCUGCCUGUGAAAUGGCCACCUUUUUAAUAACACAAAUGUGUGUGAAGGUUAUUAACCAUACUUGAUGAAUCCAAAACUGUCUUAGAGAGGAUGUGUUGCGUGAAAAGCGAAAGCCAUUACAUUCUUGAAUGAUAUGGAUGGGGAUAGUGCUACAUACGUUCAUUUAAUGUGAAGAUUUCUAGGGGUCUCUUCCCUUGAGUUUGUCAUCUGAAGCCGCACAAAUCAGUGCUUUGGCGGUAGCAGGAGUAGUGUUACACAUUUCUAGUAACUACUUGAAUUGGUAUUUAUAAUGCCUCAUAAUAACAGUCAUAUCCGUUAUAUCCUUUUCUUGCAUGUGUCGAUUUUACAGUUUCAAGCAUUGUUGCGGGUCAGUGUUAAAUUUAUGAAAUGUUUGUCCAGGAUGGCUAUGGAAUCGAUGAAGGCAUUGUGAACCCCAAAUGAAGUUUACUUGUCACUUUUUUCUUUCUUUUAACAUUUGGUUUUGUCCAUUUUCUCACAAGCUGCUUUACAAGGGGCCCUCCAUCAGGCACUGAGGCAUUAUGUUCAAAAUGACCAAAUCUUUAUUUUAUUACUAUUUAGAUUUAUUCCAUAGUGGUUUAGUUUCUUAUUUUAAUACUUAACAUUAUACAGAGAGAUCCUGUGCAUAUAUAUAUACAUUGUUCUAGACGUGUGAAUCGAGUAAACACUUCUUAGUUUAUGCAAAUGUAAAGAGAAACAUGAAAUCG